ACACGCAGAGAUAAAAGAAAUUUUGUCUAAUUCUAGGCUGUGAGAUAUACGCAGUUAACCACAAGGCUCACUUGUCGACGAAAAUCGUGGACCAAUUGUCAUCACAGAAAGACCUGCCUUUCUAAUCGAAAGUCCAUAGCUAAGAGGGAUUUGCACAGAUACGUUUGAAUUACACUAUUGUAACGAAUUUUCAUUUGUUAUUGAAAAGGGAAAGUGCAAAGCAAAGUUAGCUAUUUCUAACCAACUAGUAAAGAGAACAGUAAGAUGAGCACCAUCCUAAGUACUACGACCAAAGUAUCCUACACAGACGUCUAUCGUGUUUUGCUUCUAAGCUCAAGUGUUGCUUCAUUCAAGAUGCGACCUUUCCGUUUUUCUGACAAUCAAGAAAUACAGAAAAUCUACCUUGAAGCCCAUCAGAGUUUUGUCUUCCCAGCCUUCAUUUCUGGACUCCUCAACCCGUACAUCUUUUCUCCUGCACUUCUCGUGGCGCACCUGGUCGCUAUAGGAACAGGAUCUAUUAUCUUUGCUCUCGGAGCCUUGGCAUUCUUCAUCACCGCCAUUUAUGUGUCCUAUGAUUUGAAAGUCAUGAACCACAUCAACCACUCCCUUUCCACUGACCUGGAUAACAUUGGGAGUUUUUACCAAUCAGGGAGAGACGAGUCCAGCUUUUGGGUAGUCGAAACAGAAGGUCGCGUGGCUGGUUUUGUAGGGGUAAUCCAGAGAGAUGGUGCCACAGUUGAACUCCAAAGACUCACCGUCGCGGCUGAGUUUCGCCGACGCGGCAUAGGAGAGAAGCUGUGUCGCCAUGUCAUUUCUUUUUACAAGCGCAAGAAAUUUCGAAAGCUCAUCUUGGAAUGCACUGAAGUUCACAUAGCUGGAAAGAAUUUGUACGUUAAGCUUGGUUUUGACGUGCACGAACGAGUUCAAGAUCCAUUUGCGCUCUCAGCCAUUACACUGGAACAUUAUUCUCUAAACCUUACCUAAAGUAAAGGCGAAGAUCGUUCGUGAAGAAGUGAGAGUUGAUAAUUAUCUCUUUGGAGAUUAAUCUUACUCCAAUGGAGUGCAAUUCUACUGAGUGUUUGUCCAACAAACAUCCACAUCCAUGGCCGAAAUUCUACAGGGUGAUCUGAAUAAUUCAUUUGAAUUUAAAAACAAUCUGUGAGAAUAUCAUCCUCCAGAUUAAUACCUGGACUAGUUACUGGUCUGUAAAUACUUGCACCUUUAUACACUGUAUAAACGGAUUGCCACUGCUAUUUAUUUAUACAACCAGCACUAAAAUAGUGCUAAACGCCCCCAAAACUAACUCGCUAAAGUCUUUAGAUUUUUACAUUUUUAUGUGAUCGAUUA